UCGUACCCCUUCCCCUCAGCAAUCCCUCCUUCCUUCCCGUUCCCCUCAGCAAUCCUUCCUUCCUACCCCUUCCCCUCAGCAAUCCCUCCUUCCUUCCCGUUCCCCUCAGCCGUCCCGCCUUCGUACCCCUUCCCCUCAGCAAUCCUUCCUUCCUUCCCGUUCCCCUCAACAAUCCCUCCUUCCUUCCCGUUCCCCUCAGCAAUCCCGCCUUCCUUCCCGUUCCCCUCAGCCGUCCCGCCUCCCGUCUCGCCUGGCUCCACAACCGAUUCCGCCCCUCCUUCCCGCCCUCCUCAGUGAUCCCGGCUCCCUUCCCUGCUCCUGCCCUUUCUGCCCCCUUUCCCUCAGCAGUCCCGCACCUUCCGCCCUUCCCUUCCCUUCCCGUUGUGGCCAGCGUCCCCGUCUUGCCUCUCGUCCCACUCCCACUGUCUUUUGUGUCUUUUAAUUUUUAUCUCGCCUUUCGUAAACUUAACUUAGGUGACAUUACUUGUAUAAGAGGAGUUUGCCUAGUGAAGGAAAGAAUCUGCUUCAAGUCGUGCGUUAAGAUUACAUCACUAAAUAAAUAUGCAUUAGGUGGGCGGCGAAUAUGCAGUAAGUGAAGAACCUGUUUCGAGUCGUGCGUUAAGAUUACCUCACCUAAAUAAAUAUGCAUUAGAGCUGCUAAAAUCGACAACGCCUUCCGCACUCCCGCUGCCCUCAGACCUCCCGCCUUACGCCCUUCCUCCUAGUCCCUCCAGACUCACAGAAUUACAAAGGUUGGAAAAUACCUCCGAGAUCGUGCCCAACCUAUCACUGAUCGCCUUUUGUCACCCAGACCACAGCACUGAAUGCUAUAUCCAGGCGUUCCUCGGACACGUCCAGGAGUGAGGACUCGAACCCUCCAUGGGCAGCCACAACGCCGUUUCUUUCCACGGGGAAAUUCCUCCUGAAGCCCAACCUGAGCCUCCCCUGGCGCAGCUUGAGACCAUAUCCCCUUAUCCUAUCACUGGCUACCUGGGAGAAAAGACCGACCCUCACCAGGCCUACAGGCUCCUUUAGGACCGCGCAUUCCGCCCCUCUCUCCCCUCAGCGCCGCUCCCGCCCUUCCCGGCCCGCUUUCCCCCAGCGCUGCCCCCGCUCCGCCCUUUCCGCCCGUCCCUCGCGCUCCCCUCAGCGCGCACGCGCCCUGCCCGCCCUCCCCAACGCCCGCCCGAGCGCGGCGGAUUCAAACCGGGGCUGGAACAGCGGCCGGAACCGCGUCCGGAACCGCGUCCUCUCUCCUCCUCCGGCUGAGGUUCCUCCUCCUCCCCGCGGCUGGGAGAGUGGGACGGGGACGAAGCCCGGGAAGCGCUGCGCCAGGUAAAACCUGAGGAGAAACGGGCGCUCGGCGCCGGCCGCAGCCGGGAACCUCCGUCCCCUCAGGGUAUCCCGAUCCGCCUCGGAGUGUCCUGGUUCCGCGCAGCUCCCCCUCAGUGUGAUGAUGAAGGAUAUGGGAUCCUCAGGCCUGGAAGACUUAUGCUCCCACAUCAAUGAGAAGAUUUCAACUAUUAAGAAGUGCAUCCUAUUGAGAGACACAGGCCAGCAUGAAUCCUGCAAGUCUGUGCUCUGUAAAAUACAGCAUGAGGUGGUCCUUGUACAUGAUCUCCUGAAUACAAUGGAGGCUGAAGUUAAACAGCAAGAAAAACUGAAAGAUUUGCUAAAAGAGAUCCAGAAGGCUGCCGAGAAAGAUCAAAAGGAAGCACAGCACCUCCUUGAACACAUUCCACCCUAUCUGCCUAAACCAACCCAGAACUGCAUCACUGUGAAACAUGAAGGACAGCCAAAGGCUGUUGAACCCAAACCUGCACAGAAACACUCGAAAGAGACAAAAGUCAUUAAAGAAGCAGCAUUAAUAACCGCAGAGGAGUUUGAAAGUGUUCCUGCGUAUAUGAAAGGCCGUAUAACAUAUGAUCAGGUUAAUGCAGUUGUUCAACAGAUGAACAAGGCCGUGGUGGAAAAGUACAAGAUCUUUUAUCAGCCUCUGAAGUCUAUGAGUGCACCAGCCAGAAACCUCUACCACAGGUUUAUAGAAGAAGAAACUAAUGAUACAAAAGGAGCAUUUUUUAUUGUGGAGGCUGAUAUCAAGGAGUUCACUCAGCUAAAAUUGGAUAAGCGCUUCCACAGCAUCCUCAACAUCCUGAGGCACUGCCAGAGAGUGAGAGAGCUGCGCAGCUCGAAGCUCAUCCGCUACAUCAUCUGCUAAGGAGCUCCCCAUGUCUGCCUGCCCAGGAGAGAGACCUGUGCUCCUGUCCCCAGACAGCAGCCCUGAGGGACAGGGAGUGGUUUCGGGCACCUACCCUAAAUUAGGAGAGGCAUUUGAGUUUUGUUUGGCGAAGUGUGGAGGGGAACUACCAACCCGAACCAGAAAGGCAACUGGGCACAGGCGGUUAAUCACAUUUUCUCAUCAGCUCAUGAAAGUUCUCUGCACGUUAACACUGCUCCUUUGGUUCUUUUGUGGUUUUGAGUAUUGUAGGUUAGGAUUUUUCCUUUUUUUUCUCCUUUCUCUCAGAGAAUUUUUGUCCCCAUUUGUUGCCUAAGAGAUGGGAACGAUGGAUACUUAAGAGAG